UUAGGACCCCGGCGCAAUGUUAGUUACACUCCAGUGUGCUUUGGAACAAAAGAUGAUCAGUUUGGUAGGUUCUUUGUUCCAUCAAGUGGCAAAUUGGCUGCCCUGAAGUUGGUUCACCUCUACGGUUACGUAACCUGUGACCAGAAAUCGAAUGUUCGCUGGUCUUACUGGGGCUGUGCUGGACCGGAAGUAAACGUUGUGGUAACAAAUUCGACCAACCACGUACUUCUCCCUGUAAACGAGUUUAGCUCUACUGCGGCAACAAAGUGGUUCAGGAUUCCGGGAUACGACUCACUCUCUCCUGAGCUUGUUAUGUCAGUUCUGUCCCGUCCUCCCUGGGUGACCUCUGGCGAAGAAUUGAGGCUGUGGAACGGGGAGGAUUUGGUGAAUCGAAGUGAAACCGACAACGGAGGAAGGGUGUGCUGUGAUGUGCACGCUCUUUUUUCU